AUGCCUCUCGGACGGAUACCGCAGUCAUCCUACUACGAUGCCCGCAACCGCCCCGGCGCAGCGCUCUAUCGAGCCCGCCAACCCUACCUCGUCAAGAACGCCCUGACUGGUGUGUGCAUCAUCGGCUUCGUUGCAGCCGUCUAUACCUACACCCUCCGCGCCAUCGGCCAAGAUGACUUUUCAGACAUUCCCAUCCCAGAUGCACCGGUUCAACCAGGCCACGCACCGCAUAUCAGCACAGCAAAGAGCGCAGGUAGUGCGAGGUGA